GAUAAUGAUGUAGAAAAACAAAGAUGUCUGCGCCCAUGAAAUAAUGCGUACGAAGAUGAGGCGAUGGUAUUGUUAGGGAUACUGCGGUUGAUGUUAAUUCAGCGUAAGUUAAAUGCAACCAGUCGCAUUGUUUGUCAGGACUUUCUGUCUACAAUGGCAGUCGCCAAGGUUCGGACAGUAUUGGUGGAUCUUAGCGGUACAUUACACGUCGACGCAGAAGAAAUUCCAGGUUCAAUAGAUGCAGUCAACAGGCUGUCCCAGUCAGGAGUCAACUUAAAAUUUGUCACCAACACGACCAAGGAGUCCAAGCGGUGUCUACUGGACAGACUGACUAGCAUUGGCUUUAAUGUCCAGCCCUCCCAGAUCUUCACUUCCCUCACAGCUGCCCGGCACCUCAUAGAAAGGAUGGAGGUCCGUCCAUUCCUGAUGUUAGACCGAAGAGCAUUGGAAGACUUUGAGGGGCUGGACACGACCAAUCCCAACGCUGUAGUGAUAGGUUUGGCUCCAGAGGACUUCAACUACCAAACCAUGAACAAGGCUUUCAGACUGAUCAUGGAUGGUGCUGCCUUGGUGGCCAUUCACAAAGCAAGGUAUUAUAAACGUACAGAUGGCCUGGCUUUGGGUCCAGGCCCGUUUGUAACAGCCCUUGAGUAUGCUACCGACACCAAGGCCGACGUUGUUGGGAAACCAGAGAAAUCUUUUUUCCUUUCUGCCGUUGAAGAAUUUAAAUGUCAGCCAGAAGAAUGUGUCAUGAUUGGGGAUGAUGUGCGGGAUGACAUAGGGGGUGCCAUGGCAACAGGCAUGUUUGGAAUCUUAGUGAAAACAGGAAAGUACAGAGAUGGUGAUGAAAACAAAAUUGAUCCAAAGCCGACCUACAUCGCUGACAAUUUUUCAGGAGCUGUGGACUAUAUUUUACAGAAGUUGUGAAGAUAUUUUGUUUAUAUCUCCAGAUUCCUAAUUAUUAUUGCUAUAUGGAAGACAAUCCAUUAUACAUUGAGAAAAGUCAAUGAUACAGAAGAUGAACUUCAAUGGAGUAUAAUAUAUACAUGUAUUAAUUGAGUCACAGAUCAUUUUGAAUUGAAGAAUGUAUUGAGGACAUUUCCGAUGAUUUAUCCGAAAUAUGGUUCAGCAAGGUUUUUUUUAUUUAAAGUACGAACGUUGUUUGCCUGUUCAUCACAUGCCUCAAGAAUCCCUUUCAGUGACAUAAUGUGUCAAUAAUGAAAAAUGAGACAACAGAAAAGGAAAAUUAUUUGCAUCCAUCACGCUUCACAUAUGAGAUUAAUAAUAUUUCAAGUCAUAAACACACGGAUGGCAUGGACCAUUUUAGAAUCAGACAGACACAGAGUGAAGCACUUCAAAUACAAAAUAACAUACACACAAAUUUGAUUUCAAAUUCAAUGCAUGUGAUAUUUAAUUUCAAGUAAA